AAGACUUUGUGGCUGACGACUGGGCCGAUAUUUCUAGUGUUCAAGAAAGAAAAUAUAGAAUAGGCUGAGUAAAAGAGCACAGUGAAAACGGUUAGCUUCAGCAAAGCUGCACCACGCGAAUACCAGCUCUGCAGAUACAACUUCCUGCCACGGGAGUAGCACGUCAAAUAUCGGAAGCUGAGCCACCACGGUUCUUCACUACGACCUAUCAUCCACCUCUACAGUCGUCCCUGAAGCCAACAUUUGCAUGCACUUCCCUCUCCCCCCCGACCAUCAUAUCACCCUCAUGCAGGUCAACCUCUGCCGUGCAACACACCUCAACCUCGCUCUCCUCGCUCCUUACGCCUCAAAGCCCACCUCCGAUCUCCUCCCUCUCUGUCAAAGCAUCUCGAAACAUAGACUCCCUCCCGCGCUGCUCCCUUCCCUGAUGCCCACGGCGGCGCAGCGGGCCAUCAAGCAUCCUGCUCGGAUCGGUGCCGUGACUCUACCGCAACUGAGGGAUAACUUCAUCGCCGCGUUGGGCACAUUUCAUUAUGAUUCUCUGUGUGAUGACUUGCUGAAGGGAGGAGUGGAUACAGAGGGGAAGCAUAAAGGAGUUAUGGUAUGGGCUGACUCAUGGGAUAUAAGGGGGUGGGAGAUGAUGGAGAGAUUUGUGAAGAAGUGGGGAUUUAUCUUAAAGGACUGUGAUGAGUUUUUCGAGGUGGGCAAUUGGUGGAGGCGCAGGGAGGUGGAGGAAUUGAUGUUUGAAAUUGGAGAAUUGAGCAUUAAUUAGUCUAAAGAAGGCUGGAAGGGACACGCGGCAUCUUGUUUAAGACACACUAUUUCUUAGCGAGUGAAAAGGGGAGUUAGCCGGAGGUUUAAACGAGUAACCCUUACUAGCAAUUAGUACUUUAGAUUAGAUCCUGAACCACCUCGAAGGCAAGAGGGUAGCAUCGC